GAUUUUUGAUGUGGCUUUGUGUUCUUUGAUCAUCAUUUUCUACCAUGAUGAAAAUAUAUGCUUACUCCUGUCUUCUUUCUGCUCUGUGCUUUGUGGAGAUGAAGCCUCUCAACAUACAUGGCCGUGUUGGGGAAAGUGUGUCAUUCACAUGCUGAUGGAACGUUUGGACUAAUGUACAACAUAAUAACAAGUACUUUUGUAGAACUCCAUGCACUGAAAACACACACAUCAUCCUCAAAGCAGCAUCUGGAAAGACUACAAAACGAAACAGAAUAGAAAUAACUAACAGAGGAAAUUAUUUAUUUGUGACCUUCACUAAUCUCCAAAAGUCAGACUCUAACACAUAUUACUGUGGAGUGGAGAGGAGUGGUCCUGAUUCAUAUAUAAAGGUGAAUCUUCUCAUUGAUGAGGCUCCUAAAAAAACUCCAGAAACAGUGAACAUUUUUCCCACUCUCUCAUCAGCAGUGUCAAACAGCUCAGAUAAUAUCCCUGAUGUUUCUGCAUCUAACUCGACCAUUAAUACUGUGACACCUACUGCACCAGCAACACAAGGAGCCGAGAGUAUACCAUUUUUGAUCUCGGGUGUCAUUCUCACAAUAAUCAUACUGAUGGUGUUACUGAUGCUUAUGAGCAAGAUGAGGAUGAAACAACAGAAAUGUGUGACAAGUGCUGUGAGGCCACAGGAAGACUUACAACAGGAAGUUGAAUAUGAUGAAAUCAGACUUGAAGAACAGACUGACCCGGUCGACAUCUAUGCUAAUCAUUCCUUCCUCCAAGAUAUCCGAUCAGCAGAUGCUAGGUGUAAGACGAAUUCAAGGGUGGCGUAUGCAGAGAGCAAAGACGACUUGGUGUAUUCUGUUCCUCAACUGCCCAAAGAUCAAAUUAAACCCACUGGGCAAUCAGAACAAUUUAAAUCUAAAAGUAACGAAAAUGACUCUUUCUACGCCCUUGCUCAGCUACCACAGGCACCCUGAAGGGGGCCACUGUGGUAAAUGGAUAAAAAGGAACUUUUUACACAUGGUCCAGCCUUACUUCUAAAAAGCAGUGUAUACACACACAAUAAAUAUGAUUGUCAUUGUC